AUGUCUAGGACAGAACUAGAACACAAGGAUGAUGAAGCGACCAUUCCAUUCAGCGACUCCCUGCAUUUCUCUGACCAUCCUGUUCCCCGUCGUCUCACCAGCUCACAGAAAAGGGCCAAUCAAUGGCGCAGAUGGUCAGAAGACAUCAUUCCGCGCAUGAUAGUGCCCUAUCUAUCUUAUAUUGAGGAGACUUUAUCGCUACGCCAUGCCAACAUACCAGGAGAACACCAUUCAAAUGAUGGAGAGUGCGGGACUGGGUGCAGAACUCGUAGUAUCAAGGUUGCAUGCGUACUUUUCGACGCUUUCGAAGAAAUCACCAUCAUCGCCUGUCCUUGUUUUCCCGCCCCGCUUCAGCUUCUUCGUCGCGGCCUUUUUCCAUGUGCACCCAUGGUUCCCUCUCUGGCAGUAGACUUACGAGUUCUGAAGUUCGUUCGCCUCCUCUUUGUUCGUCAGUCCCCCAACCAAACUGCUUGGUGCGAUGCUCUGGAGACCUUUCUUGAUGGAAUGAGAUACAAGUUGACAUUGAAGAAUAGCUUGCGGCGUCGCUUCAGCAAUGUGUUUCACUGGUACUGGGUCUUGACUGUGUUGGCUCGGGAUUACAUCUCUACCCUCAUUACUGAUGCCCGGAAGGACGGUUCUUGUGUGGACCAGCCUAGUGAGUAUCUUUGUUCACAGUGCCCACUCUGUUUCGGAGGGAACAAUUGGCGAAACGAAGUGAGAGGUUCUCCUUCCAUGCCAAAUAUUAUUGUGUGCAUUGACGCAUGCUUCACACAAAAAUGUUCCACAAAUCCUCACGGUGCUACUGGCAACGAUCCUCUUAACCCAACAUCGUCUUUCUUUCUACCAAUGGCCGAUGUGAACGCAAUGGAAGAUUUUGUUCAAAGGUGUCGUGGAGAAAGUCGUCAAGCAAGGGCCUCCAGGGCGGAGCCAGACAAAGAUUGCUAUGAAGAGGGCAUGUGUGUACCAGUGUCGGUCUUGAACGGGUGUGGAGACUCUUUCAUCGCUGCAGACGAAAAGCGAGAGAAGGCAAGUACUCGCUUCUUUACCGAUACAGGCCUGAUGGCCUUGCUUUGUAGACACGAUCGUGUACUGUGGGUCGUGAACCUCACAUCGGCGGGAGAAAAACAACACUAUGCGCUUGCUCUAUUGGAUCGGUUGUUUGAACAUCUCCCUGCUCAGAUGACCAUUGGGCUUCUAUAUGACAUUGGAUGCCAGCUCGAACGGAGCUGUCGCAAGUGGAAGUUCAUGGACAACUCUAUUCUAUCUCGCAUUGCGUUUGCUGUUGCCGUAUUCCAUGCCUAUGGUCACCAGUGGCCUUGUCAGAUUGUGUACCACCCCAGGAAGCGAGAAGGAUUCGGACUGUCUGACAGUGAAGGAUGCGAACGACUGUGGAGUUUCCUCAAGCCCCUCAUCCCCUCCUUGUGUGUUUCUGGGUUUAAUCAGCGGCUUUUCGUCCUCGACACACAAAUUCGUCAUCUGGACUCAAAAUCAUUACAAGGGUUUGGACAUUGGCUCCAUCGGCACUGGAUCCACUGUCAAAUAAAGAAAAACGGUGCACUGGACAGUCUACAUGACUUACAGGUGGACGAACAUAUGCUUCGUGUAGAAUGGAAGGCUCAGGUUGAUUACCAGACGAAACCCGCACCACGACAAUCUAGAAACAAGGCGGCGGAGGUGAUUACUACCAUCCUAGCACUGGAGAAGACCCUAGAAGCUCAGGAGGCUUCUAUUCGUGAGCUCGAGAUGCAGCUCCAUGCUGCGCUUGGAACAGAGGACAAGGUCAACCUGGAGAAGAUGAAGAAGGAUGUUUAUCUUAUGGUUCACUUGAAUGCCCUUGCAGUCAAAACUCGUAUUCGCGACCGCCUUCGUCAACGCAAGUUUGAGUUUGAGAGACUUGAGAGAUCGUACAGAGCAACAAUCAAUGAGCCCGGCAUCCUCAAAUUAGUUUCAACGUACAAUGGUUUGUGUUAUCAACUACGAUCUCUUAUACGCCAGCGUCGAGCACCUCCUUAUGCUGUUAUGCCUCACAUCAUCCCACGUGAUGGCAUCUUUCUGCUUGAUGUUGAUGAUGACAUCUGGCAAGAUGUCGGGCUUGAUGAUGACACUAUAGCGCCGCCAGCAUGGCUAUCAGAUGAUGCCGUCCGAAAUGGUAUCCGCUUGCAACUUGAGGUUGAUCGGUGCAUGGAGGAGGAAGCUCAACUGAUGCAUGAGAGGGCUGUCAUUCAAGAAUGGAUGUUGGCGGAGUGGGGGGCCAUAAGAGGUGCCUCGAACAAUGCAGUCUGGAAGAAAAAGGUUCAGUGUAUUCCUUGCGCAUGGCCAGUUGGUGAGAGCUGGGGACCCUCUGACGAAGCAUUGCUUCAGGCCGCUCGUGAUCAAGCGCAGUCAUCCUUUCGUGAUGAGGAUGAUGCCGAGAGUGUGGAAGGGGAGGAAGGUGAUUGCGAGGGAGACCUGGAAUAUGGUGAGAUCGGAGACGAGGAACUGAUGGAUGCUAUUGAAGACAUUGCACUAGUGGACGAGUACAGGUAUGAUCACAGUAAUGAGUUAUUGGAUGACACGGAUGACAUUGAUGAUCACUUUAUGCCUUCCUCCCCUAUUAAAUUGUUAAAUAAAUGUCGGUGCAUAUAG